AUGAGCAACAGAGUGCUGACUGCAGUUCAGUCACCUGACCUCUUCUGCCUCAGUGUGGACCACAAUGAAGAGCACUGGGUCGACCCACAGCUUCUGAACAAGCAUGCCUGUGAUCUCACACUCGACCCCAACACUGUGAAUGAAAACCUCGUCUUGUCUGAAUGUGACAGGAAAGUAAGCUACACUAAGGAAAAGCAGUCGUAUCCUGAUCAUCCAGAGAGAUUUGACCAAGUGAGUCAGGUGCUGUGUCGAGAGGCUCUGACUGGGCGCUGCUACUGGGAGGUGGACUGGGAAGCGUUUGUGAAUAUUGGUGUUACAUAUAAGAGCCUGCCGAGGAAGGGACACUGGGACACAGAAAUUGACUGUAGUGACAGAAGCUGGAGUUUCACCAUCACCUGUUCAAAGGGUUACUCCUUCCGACACGGGUUGAGGGAAACUUUUAUACCGGUCCCACACAUCGACGUCCGAGCAUUCCUGACCAGACGCAGGAGACUGGGACUGUUUCUGGACUGGCCAGCCGGCACUCUGUCCUUUUAUUCAGUUUCUGGUGACAAAAAAACUCUCAUUCAUACCUUCCACACCACGUUCACCGAGCCUCUCUACCCAGCAGUCAGUGUUCAUAGUGGAACUUUGACCCUGUGCAGGGUUGUGAAGCUGCAAAUGGAGACUGCUCGAUCAAGCUUCACACCUGAGAUGAGAAAAGAAAGAGCUGGCGUUUCAUACAGGUUCCUGUUUCCCGGUCCAGGGUUGUUCCAGUGUUCUUUGACUGGUCUGGUCUUUGAUGUGACUCGUGAGAGUGAGGUCACCUACAAGACUCUGAUCUGGGAUCCUCUGGUCCUCCAACCAGCGCACAAAGUGGCCGGAGGCCCGCUGUUCGAUGUCCAUAACGCACUGAGCAGUAUCAACGCUCACCAGGCUGCUGGCCCUGACGGCAUUCCUGGACAUGAGCCUCCAGCAUGUGCUGAGCAGCUUGCAGGAGUCUUCACAGACAUCUCUAACACGUCGCUUGCCCAGGCAGUAGUACCAGCGUGCUUCAAGACCACCUUCAUCGUGCCAGUGCCGAAACACUCAUCACCAGCAUGCCUGAACGACUUCAGGUGGGAGAGGACAGACACCCAUGUCCCCAUCUACAUAAAUGGCACAGCUGUUGAACGAGUCUCCGGCUUCAAGUUCUUGGGGACCCACAUCUCUGAGAAUCUGACCUGGUCAACUGACACCUCCAGCCUGGUCAAGAAGGCCCAUCAGUGCCUCUUUUUCUUGAGGACACUGACGAAGAACCACCUGUCUUAUGACAUACUGG